AUGGUCGCGCUUACCAAUGCCUUUGCCGUCGUUAUUUUCACUAUUACACCUUUUAUCGCAGAAACUUCGGCCUCAACACUAAGACAGAAACGUCAAUUGUCCCCCCUGCUAGAAUUAGAAUACAAACUUGGACCCAUCAUGCGGUACGAACCAUCACGACAGGGGUACAAACGCUCCUUCCGCGAUCUCGCUCAAGAAUUCAACCAACCGGACUUGACGUAUGACUGGGUAGAUAACAAAAAAAGAGACUUAGCAAUUGACGAAUACUUCAAGCACACGCUACCAAGAAGCGCAUACCGAGCUUUUUCACCAACUCUUGAUCUCGAAUACCGCUUAAAGCUUGCCAGAUUUCUCGAAGAAUCCGGAUUCCUAAACUCGUGA